GGGGGAGCAGGUGAGUUCAGCUAGUGCAGAAUGGAAAGGGUCUUAUAAGAGUGCAUGUCGACCAGAUUAUAUGGUCAUUGCGGAUAUAAAAAAUAAGAAUGUUGAAAUAGGAUAUCUUGAAACUGGCCAACCAGAUUCCCUUCCUGAUAAGCAAUUGUGA